AAUGUGUAACACUUUGAACAAGAGCAUCUAAGAAAAAGCUUAUGAUGAGGACCAGGCUGGGUUCUAUGUCACCAGCUGGGGGAUCAGUCAUUCCUCCAACUGUGGAGUUUCCCUCUCAGAGACGAGAGAGGGUUGACUGGCAUAAAUUGGCUUCAGUUGAUCUUCAUGAUCUAGCAUCUGGAUGUAGUAUAGAAUUUCUUCAAGAAAACAUUUCACAUGUAACUUUUUGUGAUGCUGAAGCUGAGUUUGACCUUAGCACACCUUCAGGUCAACGAAGCCUUCUGAAAAUGUAUCGACUAGCUCAGUUGAUUAUCCAGUAUCUUUUCCUGUCACAGGAAUAUAUAGAGAGUCAACUACAACAGUCCCAGGAUGAUGUACAGCAGAUUACAGAGAAGUAUCAACAGGUUAAAUCUAAACUACUCCAACAAGUAGAGGAAGCUAAAAAAAUGAAAGCCACAAAUAAAAAUAUGAGGGAAACGGUCAAGUACGUAAACUCUGUUGCACUUGCUAAUGGAAUCUUCCAGCCUUCAAAAUGUCCCAUAUGUUGCAAAACAUUCAGAGAUUUGGAGUUCCUUCAGUCUCAUGUAUGGCGUAAACAUCCCAAUCAGGCUAGUUCUGUUGUUUUGCCUCAAGCUUCUACCAGUGCUCAGGUAUGUGCUAUAUCUGUGGUCAAUAAAGACAGUAAAACUGUGGAAGUACAAUCUGUGGCACCUGAUUUAUCUGUGCCAGUCCAAGAGCCAGCAAAAACUAAUGAUGUUGAUGCAUUUAGAUUAUUGGAAAUUGAAAAGAAAUUUGAUGCCAUGAAUGAAAAUUUUAAUAGAAUGUUGAUAGAUAUGGAAAAUCAGAAGUAUAUGUUAGAAAAAGAAAAUGAGACAAGAAAAGAGGAAAUAAAAAAGGCAUGGGCAGAGAAACAUGACAUAGAGAAAGGCUAUGAAUCUCAGUUAAGGAAGCUAAGUGAGCAUAUUGCACAACUUCAGGAUGCAGGAAGAGAACAAAUCAUAUCUGUAGAUAAUGAAAGCUUACUUAAUCAUAUUAGGAACCAAGAUGAGGAAAUAAAAGCUCUAAAGUUACAAAUUGAAGCUCAAAGUACAAAUGCAAGUAGAGAGGAAAAAGGAAAAGAGGAUAUUGUAGAUGGUAUUUCUAAUGAACUUCAUGACCUAAAGUUACAACUUCAACAGCAAAAGAAAAAUCACAAGCGUUCUUUAGCAGAAAUCCAAGGCAACCUUCGCAAGGAGUAUGAAGAUGCACUGGAAACUGAAAAGCUGAGGCUUCAAGCAAUGAUGAGAGACAUAGCUCGUCAUGAAUCCUAUGGGAAUGAACAUUUAGAAAAUUCAAGAAAGCCAGUGAACCAUGAUUCUGGGAAGAGAAGGUACCAAGAAAACUCUAGUAAAGGAGUUGCUCAAGAGUCCUUGGGAAAAGCUGCUAAUCGGGAACCUUCAGGAAAAGUUUUUAGGGAAUCUGCUGGAAAAGAUGUUUCUCAAAAGCCUCCUCCUUCUCCAAAGGUAACUCUAGCUAAAAAGCCUCCUGUACCUGACAGAUCUACAAAAUCACCUGUCAAAAGCCCAGAGAUGUAUGAAGAUAGUGUUCAUACAUUUUCAUAUUCACGGGGUUCAGGGUCUGAUUCUAUGUAUGGAAGAGCACCUCAGUUACCAUCUGACAGUGACUCUGAGAGUGAAACAGAUACAUCUCAGUGGAAUCAAAGUGAUUUGAAAAUUCAACACUUACGGAUUACCAGUACUGAUGUUGAUGAUGAACAAAGGUCUGAGUCUGAUCGUGAAUCAGAAAAUUCUACAGAAUCAGAAGAGGAGGAGUCUUCAAUUCAUGAAGAGUCAUCUGAUUCUUUGACACUGGAUACAUUACUAAAGGAAAAUCCACAGUUGUGGAUGCAAAUGAGAAAAGCCACGUCAGAGGUUUUGUCUUCAAAAUUAUUGCAGUUAGGAGUGCAGUCAUCUGCUAAAGGUCUCAAGACUGAUAUUUUAACAUCUUGUUUGUCUCAUUUGAGGAAAGAAAGAAGAAAGUAUGAAGAGAAGUAUGAAAACUUCAGUGAAUUACGAAAGAGGCUAGGGAAUGAAGUAAAUGCCAAAUUAGAUGAUAAAAUAGAAAAUGUUGAAAAUUUAUCAAAAGUUGAUACUGUUGAAGAAACUGUUAAAAGUAAUAAGAAAAAACAGUCAGGUGUUCUCUCUAGAGUUAUGCAUAAUGUCCGUUCAAAAGUGAAAGAAAGUUCAAAAGUUCUUUCUACAUCAGUAUCAAAGACAGGGGAGUCAAUGAAGUCUGGGGUUAAGGAAAUUUUACAUUUAGACUCUGGCUCUAAUGAUGUUAAAGUCAUUUCCAGACCAGGUAGUGCUGUUUCUAAAGUGCAUAGCAAGACUAGUCUGAAAGAUGAUAGCAGCUCAUCAGAUACAGAGCCAGAUGAUUCCAGUAGUAAUGCCCACGUUGAAAUUCAUAAUGAAACAUCAAAAUCUGUUUCCAGGAAUCUGUUUGGAGAUGAUCCAUUACCUGGGGGAUCAAGCAUACAACCAAAGCAUGGUAACUUCUUUGAAAACAAAACAUAUGGACAGAUUGAUGAUGAGGAUGGAAUGUCAGGAUGGGAUUCUGGGUCUGAUCCUGAAUAUGAAAAUGUAAAGAAAUCAGAACCCCCAAUACGUACCGAUAGUUUACAAGCUUCAACAGAACUUGUAAGUUACCCAAGUGCUGUUACAAACAAUUGGGAUUUAUCAGUAUCAGAGCCAAAACCUAUAAAAUUAAAGAAACCGUCUGGCGAAAAAGUGAGCACACUCUCUCGUACCAUUGAAUUUCAACUUAGUGGUCGAAAAAAAAAUAAAAUGGCUGGAGCUGUAGAUGUUAUGAGUGGAAUACUGACUACAUCUCAGAAUGCAGGGGGAUUAUUAGAACCUCCAGGGAGUUUACAGAGUACCCCUACUGGGAGUCAGCAGCAAAUACACAGUGUUAGUGAGUCUUCAAAUACAGUUCCCACAAGUCUUUGGGGUUCUGCAGAAGCAGUCAGUAAGGCUCACAGAUCAGGACUGAGACCCUCUACAAGUAAAGGCAACAUUACAUCAUGGGAUUCUGAGGAUGACCUGGAAAUUAGUGAAAUUGAAUAGGUGCUUGUAAUGGUUGUUUUAGAAGAAGGAUUUUGUGAUAUUCAUACAAAGUAUGAGCCAUUGUUCUAUAAAAUUCAGUUAUUUUCAGACUGGAAGUGAAAAAUUUUCUUUUGUGCUCUGUGUCUCUUUACAUAUCUAUCCUCUUUUGUGUAAUGUAAGGUAUUCCCCAAAUAGUAUGCAUUCCAAUUGUCUUGACAAUUAUAGUUCAUUCUCAUUUUCUGUACCUGUUCUGCCUUGGCUAUUUACCAACUCAUUUGACAGCAAUGUUAUGACUUGUACAUAAAGUUGGCAAAGGCUUCAGUUUACAUGUAAUACCUUUAUUGGUUUAUUUAUCUACCUAUACUUAGGAAGUAACAUAGCAGAGCUAAGUAAUCUUUUAUAUAUAUAUAUAGAAUCUUCUGGUCACUUUUUUACCAGAUACAUAUGCAACUGUAAUAGCCACAAUGCCCUCUUAACUUCUUGGAUUCUUUGCUCGUUUUUGUUACACUUGUCACUACAAAGCCUGAAGAUCCAAGUUCAAAGAAAUUUUUUUUAAAGAAAUUGUGAUGUCUGGUACCGGGAAACAAACCCAGGUCUCAUAAUCACAAAGAGGUCGCAUUGCCGACCUGACCACGAGAAGGACUAAAAGUCUACUCCCUCUCAUACAUACAUAUAUCUGUCGUUUUCAGAUAUACUUAUUUGAGCUGGAAUAGACCCAUCUUCACCAUCGUAGCCAAGUGGGCAAUCAUUUUUGUUGCUUUUUAGGCUGAAAUAUAUAUUUGUAAAAUCUACUGGUCACUUUUUUACCAGAUACAUAUGCAACUGUAAUAACCACAAUUUCCUCCCGGUACCAGACAUCACAAUUUCUUCAAAAAUUUCUUUGAACUUGGAUCUUCAGGCUUUGCAGUGACAAGCGUAUCCAAAAAAGAGCAAAGAAUUCAAGAAGUUAAGAGGGCAUUGUGGCUAUUACAGUCUUUUAUACUUUAAGUUUACAUGAUAUGCAUAUUUUCGCACUGCUUUGAAAUUAAAUAACAUCUGGCCUACUCUUUACUGGCACCAUCAAGACUGAGCAGAAAAUGUUUGUGCUUUAGUAGCCUUCCUUGUCUCAUAGUCAUAUUUCCUAAGAAAGGCAGCCUUCAGACAUUUGCCCUUAGGGUAGGGGGGUCAGAAAUGUAAUUAAAUGUAUAUCUUCUUUUUUUGUGUGUGUAGAUCCUGGAUCAGAAUCCAGUUGAGAGAUUUAAAUGCAGAUAAUUGUUCACAAGGUGUUUGAGGGUAAAGAAGAAUAAGGGGGGAUAUGCACUUCCUCUCCAUUAUUUGACUUUUGUUCAUCCUUUUUCUGUUAUAUUAGAAAGGUGUUGGAUUUUAGAAUGUCAGUGUGAGGUUUAAAGAUAAUAUUUCAAACAAAUUUUGUUUAAGAAAUUCAUAUUUUCUCUAAUAGCCUCAUGUUUUGGUUUUAAGUGGAUGACUGCAUUUUCUUUUAGUAAAAAGAUCGUAUUCUAUUAUAUAUUGUUAGAGAUUCCUUCUCAAGGGGGUAAGAUCCAACAUCUACUUGGAAUUGAUAUAUCUGUGCCUAGUAAGAGGGAAGGUGGAAGGAGAUCCUUGUGUAUGGAUAGUUUUAUUUAAAUUAUAAGAUACAUUUUUAAAAGUUUAUACUGUUUAUACCAUUGCUUUAAAGACCCUAAAUCUACCUUAGCACAAAAGCAACGGAAGCAGAGAAGCAGCUUUCCGACUCCUUGGUUAAGAGGGAACUGAUCCUGAAUAUUUCCUGCGUUCAUCCUAUGGAUUAUGCUUAAUCACUCAGAUUUCAAGUCUGUGUUAAUUUUUGGUAGCUUGGUAAUUCUGAUGCGGAAGCUGGAGGAUCUUCCAAUAAAAGGACUUGUCUCUCUUCUUAAGCAUGGUAGUUCAGAAGUUAAGGUCAUGGAAAGUUUAUGGAGGGUGAAGAGUCACUGGCUGUAUAUAAUGGAUGAUUUAAUGCGAGAGAGAGAAAAGUGAGCAUAAUGGUGAUUAACCUAAGAGUAACGGGCAGUACAUAAUGGAUGAUUUGAUGGGAGAGAGAGAAGAGUGAAGAUAAUGUUGAUUAACAUGAGGAUAAUUCAGUGCAGUUCACUGAUAUGUUUGGGAAAUGUUACUUUGAUAACUAAGUCCUGCUGAGAAACUUUCAUUUGGUGUUUGCAGAAAGACUUAGCAAGAUAGAGAAAAAAGAAACUCCUAAUAAUACCCUUUAUCAAAACUGCUAGAAGGUACCUAAAUUGGAGAAAGUCAACCAGUCAGGGAAGAUAGAGAGAUUAAAGAAUUCCCCUCUACAGUAAAGAUUAAAGAUUUCUGUUUACACUAUCACCUGCAAAAUCUUUCUCACCUGGCAUGAUACAAAUUCUGAAGACAUACCAGGUGGCCUUCAACCAGCAAGGUUAAGAAUCUGUUGGUUUUGAUAGAAUAUCUCAGGUUGUUGAAGGAGACUUGGUCACAGCAAUAAUCCUCUUUGAGAGUUUUGUCAGAAAGUGGGAGAGGUCUGUUUAACACCCCUACUAGAGCUUAUCAUGAAUGGUGACAGUCACUGAGGUUUCCAGAUGUCAUUUUUUGUCAUUUUUUGUUUGACUCAUGUCAAGAGACUGAAUGGAGUUGGUGUAAAUUUCCAGAACAUACCUACAGCGCAAUAAGUGACCCAUGUGUAGGAAGGAGAAGGAAGAAUAUAUAUGUAAUCAGCAAGUUUCUUUGUAAGUGAUGCUUCAAGCAGUCCAACAUUUACGGAUUAUCGAAUGUUCUGGAUUCUUUAAAAACCUUGGCAUAAGAACCAUUUGGAAACACACUUGGUGGUCCCUUCCCUGCUAAGGGAAUUAACCAAAAGGCUGUGAUAUCCCUGAACAAAGCUUGGAAUGAUUAUGAUGUUCCUGGACUUGGCCUACGGGAUAAUUAGAAGCUCUUAAGCUGCCAAGAAUUAUGGAUAAUUUACUCCUUGGUUCCUUAGGUAUGCAACCGCUGCUACAUUGUCUGAUAUGAAGGCUAGUUUAUGACCUCUGAACUGAUUAUAAAAACUCCCUGACCUAAAAGAACUGCCUUGAGUUCCAGAUGAAAGGUUUGGAAGCUCUGCCAUUUGCUUUUCAGAAGCUUUUAUCAAUAAGUUAGAUCAAUGGGCCUCCCAAGCUGCCAAAGAGGACUGCCAGAUCAGGAAAUAUGAUUAUAAGAGUUGGACAAGGCAGUUUGGAAGAUAGUGUGAUCAUGUAACCUUCAAAGCAGAAAGUUCUUACAGUUCAGAGAAAACAUAAUUUCCAAGUUCUUUGGAGUAGGGGGAGUUAAUUUAAUUGGAGUGGAAUGCUCUCAUGGUUAUUAAAUAUUUGUCCCCUUCAAAGAGAUUUUUGUGCUUAGGUGUGUACAGAAAUUUUUAAAAGUAAAUUUAGCUUGAUUUGUAUGUGCCUUGCAUUUUAUCAAUGUCUCUCUUCCCCCCAGUUUUAAUUUUACAUUACAUUAAUUUGAGAAUGAGGCUUCUGACCGAGGAAGGAGGUGAGGGUUUGUGGGUUAUUCUUUGCUUCAAAAGUGUUAAAACUCCUUGGAAGAGAAAGAAAGUCAUUACAAAUAAUUUUCCACAAUUAUGUUUAUGAAUAAAUAUUGAAAAUUAUUUGUAUUGUUUGCAAAUAUAGUAUUUACUGUACUUAUAAACAUAUUUGUUGAUAUUCCAUUUAUGAUAUCUAUCAUAGUAUAAUGGUGUAUCAUUGAGAAAAAAAUUCAAGGUCAAAUGCGUGGUGGGUUUAACUUUUGAGUACCAAAUAAAUAGGGUCUUGACAAUGGUUUGCAGCUAUAUAACAAAUUUUUUUUUUCAUGAAUUAAACCUUUUAAAACUAUUGUUUCAGAGUAGACACUAAUUCAGUUGCUGUGCAGUUUACUGUAGGAAUGCUAGAGAGAGGCUUAUAAGUGUGGACUGAUGGAUAUAUGUAUUUUCAGUUUUUUGUGUGGCAUUUUUAUGUUGAUAUGAAAGUGCUAAAUUGUGAGCAGUUUAAAUUUUAAAUUAUGCCAUAAGAAUAUGAAAAACCAAUCAAUUAGAUUUUUAUACCUUUGAAGUGAAAGAAUUAAUACAUAUAUUAAAAUGUAUCAUUAGUCCUUUGGAAUGCUGCAUUAAUCAUCAUGGAAGAGUAUAAAAAACUUUAAAUAUUCCAUCUUGAUUCUGUCAAAAAGACCUGUUAAUAUAUAUAAUUUAUCCAUAUCCCUGUAGCGAUAAUGAAUUAAUUCUUUAAACUGUUAACAUAUUUUUACUGUACAUUUGUCCUCCGGUAUUUGCAGGGUAUGUGUACCACACCCUACUGUGAAUACCAAAAAUCCACAAAUACCGAAUCCCACUAAAAAUGCUUAUAACUGCCAAUUUUAAUAGUUCAAACACCAAAGACCCACGUAUAAAAUGCUUAUACUAACUGCCUUUUUUAAUAGUUCAAACACCAAAUAUUCCUUAAACUAUCAUCUUAUAACAUUUAGUCACAAAAAUAAUAUGAAAAUAUGACAUUUUUGAAAAUAAAAUGUAUUUUUCCCGAACCAUACAAACCUGGAGUCCUUUACUUAGGAUAGAUUGCGUUCAGCUGAAACUACUGGCUAAACAUUCUUUUAUAUAUCGAGGUAGUAACUACCGGGCUGGUAGUUACCUGCUGGCAGUUGGGAAGCACCGCCUCCCCACCAGCUCACUGAGUUGUCACUUUGAUUACAGCCAGGACUUUGAUGAUGACCCCUGAAUCAAGGGAGUGGGUGUUUGGUAGGACCAUAUACAAGUAAAGGACUCCAGGUUUAUAUGGUUAGGGAAAAAUACAUUUUACUUUCAUAAAUGUCAUUUGUUCCUACACCGUAUACAAACCUUCCAUUCUUUACUUAGAAGACUCAUCCUAAGGUAGGGAUGGAAGUCCUUUCUCGUUGGCUGAGAAUGGAACCCGGGAUGUCAGGACUCUGGCUUAUAGCUCGGGGUCGUGGAUCCUUCACCCCGUGAGCCAUGGUAAAUGUGACCCGAUGGCUGACGGCCUGGGUAUCAAAGGCGUGAACGUAGAACUCUCUCUGGCAACCAAAACCAGGCUAUAUAAUCAUAAGGGGUUUGUUGGGUUGCAGCACAUUUCCCCUCAGAAAGGAGUGUGGAGACUGACUUCUGUGUGUCUACAGAAAAACCACUAGUCAGACAUGGAAUGAUUACCAGUAUUGAAAUCGGUGCUGGAGAACGGGUUUCGAUGCUGUGGCCCCAAGUAAGGGGAAAGGGUGAAAAGAAAAUAGGCCAGUCAUACUCUCACAUUCACCACCAGCCUGAUACGGAACCUUGAUUCGAUACUUCCGACCUCUGAGGGCAUGGAGGCAGCUAAACCACAUGCUGAGCGGCUACCACAGGACCAAGGUCAGUUGUGUCAAGGAAGCUGUGGGUACAGUCUCUAAGGUAGAACCUGGUGAAGGUGGAAGGGGGAGGCCAUGUGCCAGCUUCCAUCACCUGGCUAACGGAGAGGUUCUUCUUGAAGGCAAGAGAUGGGCUCAUUCCAUGCACAUCAUGAGCCUUCACUCGACCAGUACCAGCAAGUGGAAAAGAGGGAGGGGAGAGGGUACGGCAAAUCACCUCUCGAAUCCAAUGUGAAAUGGUAUUCCUCGUAACCCUCUUCUUUGACGGGCCUGUACUUACAGAGAUGUUGUAAGGUGGGUCGAGUAGUGCUGCUCCGUUGGAGAUAGUGCCUCAAUGUUCUCAGAGGACAGAGAAAUAGCUCAUCUGGGUCUUCGGUUACUGUGCUCAGGCUCAUAACCUGGAACGAAGCUGAAGCAGGCAUUGGUCCAGUGCUCAGUAUGAGUGACAGUAUAGGCUAGGCCAUGAAGCUCGCUGACUUGCUUGGAGGAAGCAAGGGCGAGAAGAAAAACCGUUUUCAGGGUGAGAUCCCAAUCAGAUGCCAGGGAUAACGGUUUAUACGGAGCUCUCUUCAAAGACCUGAGGACAGCAACGUGUCCCAGGGAGAAGGUUUGCCAAUACCGGAGUGCAACCCUGUUCAAAGCUUCAUAUGAGCAUAGAGAGUUCCUCCGAGGAAGAGAGAUCGAUUCCCUUCAGUCUGAGGACUUGGCUCAAGGCCAAGCGAUAGCCUUUUACCGUUGAGACCGAAGGAGCUUCUCUCUCCGGAGGUAGAGCAAGAAGUCGGCAAUCAAGGGGAUAGAGGCUCCAUGAGCCUCUCUUUGGGCCAAGUCUAUGUCAUUCAUUAUUUUGCUUUAAUUUUAGUCUUUCACGUAAAGCCAUAACAAGAUUAGGUACAACAGUUUCCAGUUUUUGUUAUUUGAAUACUACAGUUGGUUUCUUCAUUUAGUGUUUGUAUUUAUGUAAUGCAUGUUCAACAUUAUGCAAUGUAUUUUUCUUAGGUUGUUAUUAUUGCCUUCACCAAGGGUAUGUUUUUACUGCUGCAUUUAUUUGUGUAGUUCUUGUGUUAACCUCAUCUAAUGCUCCAUGUUGUACCUAUCUGUAAAUAUUAUAUCAUGAGUUCUUCAUAACAUCAUUUUUGUGUAAAGGUUUGAAUAAUAAUGACUUAAAUACAUAUUUUAUUAAUUACUUCCACCAAGGAAUCCAUGAUUGUGAUUCAGUUUAUCUGAGUGGUAGCAUGAUUACAUAAAAGAAUGCAUGGAUUCUUAAUGAAAUUUUACCAAUGGUGGACCUUGUUAGUUGCAAGAAGCGUUUAGAUUGUUUCAGAUUUAAUUAUUACUUUGCAGUCAGCAAUAAGUGAUUAGGUUUGGGAGAGAGGAAUUUAAUUUGGGGUAGAUGCUGGAUUGCUCAGCAUGGCAGAGGUUUAUGGUCUUGAGUGUAGACAAAAAUAUUACUUAAAUAUUAAUACAUUUUGAAAAUUAUUAGAAUGCAUUGUCACCAUUCUAGUCCAAUGUAAGAAAGAUGUUAUUUUGUAAUCCACCAUUGGAAUUAAAUAACUCUAUGAAAUUAAACUAGGCCUAAGAAUUAGAUAUGUCCAGAAAAAUCUCUGCUUAGCUGCAGACACUGCACUCUCUUUAGGUGACUUGAGAGGUUUGAAAUUUUAAUCUAUGCGAGGAAUUUAAAACUGCAAAGUAAGCAAUAAAAUUAAUAUUUCAGAUGAAAUCAUGCAUACUUCUUUACCAAGCCUUAGACAUGAGCUAAACUUGAUGAAAAAUUUUUUUCAUGCAAAACACCAUCAAAAGAAACAGCACAAAUUGCACUUACCUUUUUUAUCAAGUCUGCAGCCCCAAAUAUAAUUCUGCUCAAACAUAAUCUCUGACAAUUGAAGCAUGCAUAAUUCGCCCUUAUUUUUUUUCUUUGUUUUUUUCUUUUAUGUUUUACCACACAGGGAUUACAUAGAAGUUGUACCUUGAAAGGUUUUUGGUGCACGAUGCAAAUAUUGGUCCAGCAAAUGACUGUAAAGAGAAAUUAAUUAGAACCUAGGGUUGGACAAAAAUUGAGAUGUAAGUGAAAAGUGUUUUUACUUUAUUCUUCAAUUAAGACUUUUGAUGGAAAAUAUCAGUAUGUAACUUUUUAAUUAUAUUUUUCUUCAUACUUCAUAGUACGUAUUACAUAACAAAACUGUGAAUUGAUGCAUCAUUGUUUAGUUAAAGUAAACUUAAUAUUUUAAUAUCGGUCAAUGAACAAAGCUCCCCUACUUUAUUUUAAUGUUUAGAUUUUCUGCAUUAGCAUAUAUCAAGGAUAUUUUAUAGUAGAUACUAGUGUAAUAGUAAUGUAUGGUUAAACAGAAAUAUGGCAAUUUUUCCAAGUUACUACUACAAAAAUAGACCAUUUUUAGCAUGUAGACUGAUGGAAUUUGUAUUUAUAAUACUUUCCGAGACAUGUUAGAAAGAACUUGUUUGUAUGGUUGAUUUCAAGUAGCGAAAGUUGAAGUGUAUUGAAUAACUUGUCAUGAAAUGACUUUUCCCAAUCCUAAGUACCCUAAAUUUUGUGUUCUUCUGAUGGAAGAAUUUUCAGCAUCGUAGUGCUUAAGGUAAUAUUUUUUGAAGUUGACACUACUUUUUGUGAGAAGAUGAUUUUUCAGCUCUCUUCAUUAAAACAUGUUAGGUUAAUUGUUUUGGUUAAUAAUAUAUAUACUGGUGGACAUUGUUGGUUGCUUUUACUGCAUUAUAAAUUUGAUUCUUAUAUUUAUGUACAUGUGGUACAAAUGACUCAUUGCAAUUUAGCAUGAUUGUUGUUAAAAGCAUGCAACUUUGACACUAUUUGUGCCAAGGAGUAGUUAUUUACCAAAGGUUUAACCACUUAUUACAUUGCUUCAAGCUUCUAUGUUAUUAUAAGGAAAGAAAUUCUUGUACAGAUAAUGCAAAUUUGUAGUUUUUGCAACAUGUAGAGAAAUUAUAUAUAUCAUGGAUUAAUACCUUUUUGGAAAAUGAAGUAAGUUUUUGUGAGAUGAAGUACUUUAAUUAUGGAAAGAUGGGAAUAGUACACUAUAGCUUCAUAUAAAGAACAAAAGAGGAUAUAAAUAAGAGUUCUGCUGUAUUGACUGUUGACUGAAUGUUUUGCAUUGCUUUGAAACACUGUAAAUUACCGAUUGUAAAGAAAAUGAUUGGUACAGAUAUGAUAUUUUUUUAAUAAAAUAAGGUUUCAUAUAUACUUACCAAGCAAUUACAUUGCUGAAAGCUUACUACCAUGGCAGUUGAAAAUUCAAAUUUUGGUGGCGGGGCUGCCAUUGUUAGUGUAGGUGAACGUGACCCGCCCACUUUUGGGAACACCUGGUACUGGUGAGCAGAUGACCAACAAUUUGUUGAGCCGCAAUGUCCAUCUGUGGGGAGGAAGGAGGGGUCUGAUUAUGUAACUGCUUGGUAAGUAUAUGUGAAACAUUAUUUUAUUAUAGAAAUAUAAUUUUCACAUAAGUUUCACAUAAUAAGGACUUACUAAUUAAAUUACAUAGCUGAUUCCACAUUAACUGGGAGGGAAUAUGGAUGAUUAAUCUCCAAAACAUUAAAAAAUAAAAUUGCUAGCAUUAAUAAAAAAAUGCUUGCUUUACCUUACCUGGUGACAACGUAGCUGCAGGUGAGUACUGCCUCUGGUCAGUGCUCUCUUCACCUGUAGGAGAUGUGGCGGUAGUGGCCACGAUUGUCCCCUACUCAAGUGGGGCUUUGUAACCAUGGAGGUUCACCCUUGGUUAACAAAGUAAAACAUACAAAAUUGCCUUUGCCCUUGGUGAAGACCAGAAUAAAAUACAACACCUUCACCAACACUAAACCCCUCCCCCCAAAAAAAACACAACAGUAAACAUAGAAUACAAACUGGAGGAUACUCUGGGUACUUCUUACCCCCAGACUUCCCAAAAGCUUGACAUCAGUGGAACCUCUACAUACGAAAACUUUCAGGUUACAAAAGCAGACGGAAGAUUUUUUUGCUUUUGUGUACGAAAAUAAUUCAGGUUGCAAAAGGGUAAAGUCCGAGAUUCGCCCGGGCUGCUGAGAACAAUUUUAAAACUGGCGCGCUGCCAACUCAGUAGACUCGUCACCAUCCUCCCACUCUCCCAUUGGUUCCUGAUGCCAUUCACUGCCGUAAGAUCCUGCUCUCCAUUUGGUCAGCAUCUGUCCCAUCAUGCCUCUAUGUAAAGGCGUUCCUUGACCAUUUUUUGCGGCAGCGUUAUCAUAAACAUAUGGAAUUUGUUUGUUCACAUAUAUUUUGUUUGUUAACGUAAAUUCGCAUUAGUGAUUUCGCUUUCGUUGUAAUGUAAGUUACUUUAUCGUGUUGUGUGUGAACUUAAUGACUUACGUUAUUAGCCAUGGGUCCCAAGAAUGUUGCUGAAUUUCAUGCAAAGAAGAGGAUGGCUUUCUAUGGAGACAAAGAUGGAGAUAAUCAAGAAGUGUUAAUGUUUUUUGCCAUUUGUUAAUGUGUUUUGUAAAGUUUAGUGUUAAUGUUUUCUGCCAUUUUUUAAUGUGUUUCAUAAAGUUAAGUGUUCAUGUUUUCUGCCAUUUGCCCUACCCCUCUGUUGCCACUUUCAGACAUCACCUCACUCGAAAGGUAAGGGUCCACAUUUUACUACAUACGUAUGUAAGUGUACACACAGUAUUUCUUGUACCCUGUACACUAAUACACUUUAUUUACAGGUACAGUAACGAUUAGGUUAAGUAUUGAAUGGCCCAAAUUGUUGUAUUUCAUUGUUUAUUGGUCAAUUUAGCUUUAUUAUAAAAUUUACUGUGGUGUUUUUGUAGGGCUUGGAACUAAUUAGGCAAUUUACAUGUAAAACGUAGUUCUGGAUACAAAAAAUUCAGGUUACGAAGGCCACUUCGGAAUGGAUUAAUUUCGUAACCUGAGGCACUACUGUACCUGAAAACAAGGUGAGGAGACAGUAGAGAGAUAGAAGACCCCCUAUGCGUCCUUUCCCAACACUAUACCAGCCUUGGAUAAUGGCCCCAACUUACUACAAUUUUGAAAGCUGCUUCUACAUCCUUCAAAUAGUGCAACACAAACACUUACUUGGAUCUCCAGUAGGUGGCGUGAAGUAUAGAUUACAAGGACGUUACGUUGAAAAACUAACGACAUGGCUACCGCUCGUACUUCGUGAGCCUUAACUUUAAGGAGAGAGAUAUUCUCUUUCGUACUUGCGAAUGCACUUCUACGAUCAGACUUCUCAAGAAGAAAGAAAAAGAGCUUUUGGAGAGUGGUUGAGAAGGAUCCCUCACCAAACCCCAAAGGUGAAUAGAUGGCCCUCUUAUCUUAGUCUUUUAAAGAUAGUAUCUAAUUGCUCUCACAGGACAAAGAAGCCUCUCCUCCUCUCCUGGUCCUAGAAUUUCAAUUAGGUUUAUAAUGACAAAGAGUGAGGCCAGGGUUUGGAUGGGUCUUCAUUCUUUGCAAGGAAAUCCCCAACAAAAGGGCACACUGCAUCACCUUGAACAAAACCCACGUUUCUCUCCAUUGCUUGGAUUUCGCUUAUCCUAUUAGCUGUAGCUAAGGCUACUAAGAACUUUUUCGUAAGGUUCUUGAGAGAAGUCGAGCGCAUUGGUUCAAACUGUGAAGUAGAAAGCCACUUCAUCACUAUGUCCAGGUUUCAAGAGACAUCCCCAAACUUCUCCAAUUUUUUAAGCUUUUGGUAAGAUCACUAAUACAGGCAGUCCCUGGUUAUUGGUAAUCCAGUUUUAUGGUGCUUGUCUAGUGCCGAAAAGCGCUAGUUUCCGGUCAUUGGCACCUGAUACAUAUCUAUCAGAGGCACCAUUAACCAAUUAUCGGUGCCAAACUCUGAUUAUUAGGGCCGAUAAGCAUGAAAAUUGCUGAUUUUUGGUUAUUGCCAGUUUUCACUUAUCAUCAAGCCAUCGGAAUGGGACCCCCGCCGAUAACCAGGGACUGUUUGUAUCCUGGUUUACAGAUAGAUCAAAUCCUCUGUGCUUGAACGCCAAGGAUAACAUGGAUCUGUAGCCCCUGAUGGCAUUAGCUUCCUCAUAUCCCCAAGGAACCGCAAAAAAUCAGCUAUUUGAGGUACAACAGUCUCAGAAGAAGAGACAUGAUUCUGGCUGCAAAAAAUUCUGAAAAUCCUCCAUUUUGAUUGGUAGAGCUUGCAAAAAGAAGCUCUUCUGCAUCUUGCAAUAGCUUCUGCCGCUUGUCGAAAAAAUCCUUUUGCUCUGACCAUGCUCCUGACAGUCUGAAGCCUGUCAGGGCCAGAGCCGACAACCCUUGAUGGAACCUGUCAAAAUUGGGUUGUCUGAGAAGCAACCGUCUUUGAGAAAGAAGUCUGGGGAAGUCUACAAAAAACUGAAGAAGGUUUAGGAACCAUUCCUUCCUGGGCCAGAAUGGAACCACCUGAGUCAUCAACACAUUCUGAUGUGGUAUGAACUUGAUGAGGACUUCUUUGAUUAGACCAAAGGGAGGAAGGGCAUAUGCGUCCAGUCCUGUCCAAUCUAGUAGCAUUGCAUCUGUCUUCCAAGCUUGUAGAUUGGGAACGGGGGAGCAGAAAUUGGAGGAUGAUUGUUCCUGUAGGGGGCAAAGAGGUGUAGUACAGCCGAUUUGCCCCAUAACCUCCAAAGUUUCUGGCAAACUUUUGCAUUUAGAGUACAUUCUGUUGGUAGAAUUUGGUUGGAACGACUCAAAUCAUUUUGUUCUUCCACCCAAAGCAGAAGGUCUUCGAGCACUUUGUUGUGGGAGAAGGAGUGAGUCCUCCCUCUGCUUGUGGACAUACAAAAAAGAUGUAGUGUUGUUCGUAUAGAUUGCCCCAUUUCUCCUGGAGACUAUUGGAGUGAAGGCUUGAAGUCCUAGAGAAAAUUGCCUUCGAUUCUUUUACAUUGAUGUGGAACAUCUUCUGAUGAUCUGACCACAGUUCUGAAACUCUGAUCCCCCCGCAGAGCUCCCCAACCCAAGUCCGAGGCAUUGUAGUAGAUCUCUAGGUUGGGGUUCAAAGGAACUAGGAAGUAUUGUAGUGGUCUCAUGCAGCAUGCCCAUUCACAAAAGAAUCCACUGAUACCAGGGUUCUUAGCAGACUCAUCCACUUUAGGGCUGAACAAGACAGAAGGUUCAGGAACUCUUGAACUGUCUGUAAGCACAAAUCCACUCUCUUUGGGGAGUGAAAAACCUGACAAACUUGAGAGUCGAGAAUCAUCCCCAAAUAAGAAUC